AUGGAAUCUCUAAUGAGGUUUGCCUUUGUCCUUCAUCUUGUCAUCGAGACAACAGCGGCUAUCAACUUUUUCUUCCGACCUUCAGCAACGCUCUCAACACCCCAACCACACAGCCACGGGGUUAUCCGGCAGUACGCCCUUCUGCUCCUGACCACAAACAUCAUCGUCGCGGUAGUCCUGAACCGCGCAGUGCAUGAUGCUUUGUCCGAGCAGAUUGCUGCCGCAAUUGCUCUGUAUCAUACGGGGCCUUUGGUCCGAGCGGUGUCCAGGAUCCACCGAGGGAAUUCUGGCGACGUACUCGGAGGAGCUUGGCUUCAUGCUUUUUCUCACCUGCUGUGCGCAGCUUGCCUGAUCGCAUCAUCAUUCCUUCUCUAG